UGAUUGAAAAAUAUAUGAUUUCUCAUUUGAUAUUGAUGUGAAAUAUUGCAGAAACAUUAUUUAAUAUAUUUCAUAUUUCCAUGAUGAUAUAACAUUUAUCACUGGUUAUGUUUUAUAAAAACAUUUGGUCAUGUAUAUAGCACAGUGCAUAUAUGUCAUUAUCAAUAUUGCUUGUGCUAGGCAUUUAUUGACAUAGCGCCAGCUAGUGUUCUCUCUAGGACAGUGUUUUCCAUUGCACCAAUCACUGUAUGUAAACAUGGAAGAACUGACAGGUUUGAGGUGACACAAUCAUCCAUGUUCCAGUGAAUUCUGGAAACCUGGUUAUUGAUUUGAUACAAUAAGGAGGCAAAGAGUUUUCACGGAGCUUUUGGAGCUAUAUCAGAGUUUGAAGAUGAUUAAUCGAAAUGAGAUGAGUCAAGAAUAAAGUCUCGAAGCUCCCGUAGAAGCCUUUGUCUGUGUUUCAUUCGUGUACCUUGAAUGCUGUCACAGUGAAAACUCUGCCACUCUGAAGAGUGAAAGGUCUACCCAUUCUGAAGAAUGAAAUCUCUCGCCAUGCUGAAGUUUGAAUUCUAUCGCCUUUAAAGAGUCAGUCUGUCUUCACAAUUAUAAUCAAUGGAAGUCAUCUGAAAAUGUCUACUCAUCGCGAGGAAAGCUUAUCUGAACCUGGAGCAGUCGGAGGUGACAAGCGAAUUCGUCAACCUACCAAUAAGGGAUUGCAAUGGCAGUUAGAAGUGAAAGAAAAGAAAUGGAAAAGCUGCAUUACUUCAUGGAGAAGAUCAUCAACGAAAUUAAGGGCUCUUCUUACAGAUGAAGACGCAGAAGUUAAUGCCAUAAAAUCCCAUAGAGAUGCUCUGCAGGCAAUUACGGAUGAUGCUAUAACAGCUCAAGAAGAAUUUUCUACAGCUGCAAAGAUGCUUUCUAAAGAGGAAAACAGUGAAGCAAAACUUGAUGAGCUAGAGGAAGAACAUUCAGUUCUAAUGAAACAAACAUACGAUAGAGUGAGAGCCGCCCAAGGAAGUUUGAGAUUGUCUACGUCAAGUUCUUCAUCGAAACGUAGAUGUCAACAAUGGCUUGAUCAACAGUUACAACCCAACAAUACAGAUGACGUUCAAAGUGAUAAAGUACGUCAAGAAAACGGGGUUGAAAAGAAAGUCAAUGCUGACAAACCAAUUCCAAACGAAGAUCUCAGACCUAGACAACAACAAACAUUUGAGGAGCCUGCAAAUCCUGUACAAGAGCUUCAUCAAGACCCAGAAUUCCUCACAUCAUGUCUGAUUGACCAGAUGCGACUCAAUCGACUCCCUAUUCCAGAGCCACCAGUCUUUGAUGGAAGCCCCCUACAGUAUCCGGCUUGGAAGAGAGCUUAUGACAUGCUCAUUGAAAAGAAAGAAAUUUUGCCAGAAGACAAGUUUUACUACUUGUUGAAGUACCUAAAGGGCCGUCCCUUUGAGUUAGUUCAGGGAUACUCACUCCUUAGUAACGACCAUGCUUACACAAUCGCAAGACAGGAAUUGGACAAACGUUAUGGAGACACGUUUGUCCUGUCCAAUGCAUUUCGGGACAAGCUAGAUGCAUGGCCUAAGAUAGGUGCAAGGGAUUCAGAUGGCCUCCGAAGAUAUGGUGAUUUUCUCCGUCAAUGUCUUGCUGCAUCUCAGGUUGUACAUCAUUUGAACCACCUAGACGAUGAGAGGGAGAACAGAAAGCUACUGUCGAAGCUUCCAGACUGGCUCACGUUUAGAUGGGGUCGGAAGGUUGUUCAAUGGAGAAGAGAUACGAACUCAUUCCCUCCAUUCCCUGUCUUUGUGAACUUUAUCGUAGAAGAAGCAGAGGUAGCAAGUGUAUCAGUAAUGUCUGUUCAGGAAAAGAAACCAUCGUCUAAAGCUAGGACUCUAUCUACUGGCGUACAGAAGAAAGAUGAAGGAAGCAAGAAGAAAUUUGCCUGUCUUUUUUGCAAAGGACAGCACCGUCUGGCAGAGUGUACUUCUUUCGCAUCGCAGCCUAUGGAAGAGAAGAGAAAAUUUGUCCAUAAGUGUAAUCUGUGCUUCGGAUGUCUUAAGCCUGGUCAUAGAUCGAAGGAAUGUCGCUAUAAGAGCACUUGUUCGAGGUGUAAGAAAAGACAUCCUACAGCACUUCAUGAUGAUAAUUGGAGUAGUAAGCGACAAUCUAAAGAAGAUGACUCUCUGCAUGAGACAGAGGAAUCUCAUUCGUCCCAUGCAUCAAGCAACAAGAGUAGCUCCCAUACUUCAAAAACCUCUUCUAUUGUUCCAGUAUGGUUAUCCCAUACUUCAACGCCAAAGGAGUUGUUGGUAUACGCAAUGCUUGAUACCCAAUCUGACACGACGUUUAUCCUUCGAAGGACGAAGGAAAAAAUGGGAGUUACGGGUACAGAGGUCAACCUACUCCUCUCAACAAUGUCCAAGGCUGAGGAAAGAGUUGCAAGCGAGAAGAUUAAAGGUCUCAAGGUGAGGGCCUUAAAUGGUGAUAAGGAGAUUAUGUUACCACCAUCUUAUACCCGUGAUAUCAUGCCGGCGAAUAGAACUCACAUUCCCACGCCUGAAGUCGUCGAGAAUCUCACCUAUCUGGAGUCCAUUAAAGAUCACCUAUCGCCAUUGAUGGAUUGUGAGAUAGCCUUACUUAUAGGCUAUGAUUGUCCUACUGCACUUGCUCCUCGAGCUGUCAUUCCCCCACCGGUACAUGGAGGACCUUUCGCAAUGCAGACUGAUCUGGGAUGGAGUGUCAUAGGCAUGGUGGAUCAUGACUGUAAAGAAAAUGACCCAAUAGGUAUAAGCCAUCGUACCAUGGUGAAGGUCCUUCCUGAGGAGGUGCAGCUAGACGGUCAUCCUACCGAAGUCUUGUUCUCAUGCCAAUCCACAGUUAGAGAGGAGAUAGCACCUCAUCAAGUCGUCAAGCUCUUAGAAGCAGAUUUCGCUCCUGAAAGAUCACAGCGGCCUUACUCUCAAAAUGAUACAAAGUUUCUGAGACUGAUGGAGGAGCAGAUUCGCGUCACAGACGAUGGACACUAUGAAACACCCCUUCCUUUCAAGGAAACACAUCCUAAGCUGCCGAACAACAGAAAUAUGGCUUUGAAGAGGUUAGGCAGCUUAAAGAGAAAAUUUGAAAAGGACUCUGAGUAUCACAAGCUUUAUACUCAAAAGAUUCAAGCACUGAUAGAGAAGGGUUAUGCAGAAUAUGUUCCAAACUCAUCUAGGGAAGCUGACACAUUUUGGUACAUCCCUCACCACGGAGUGCAGCAACCCAACAAGCUUCGUGUGGUUUUUGAUUGCAGUGCACAGUGCAACGGUGAGGCACUGAACCAUCAUCUGUUAACCGGCCCAGAUCUGACAAAUAAUCUAGUAGGAGUAUUAUGUAGAUUCCGUACCGAUUAUGUGGCCUUUAGUUGUGACAUACAGGAGAUGUUCUAUCAGUUUCAAGUCAGAAGUGAUCACCGUGACUAUCUUCGAUUUUUAUGGUGGAAGGACGGAGACUAUCGACAACCUGUAUGUGAUCUGCGUAUGAGAGUACACCUUUUCGGAGCUUCAUCAUCGCCAGGCUGUUCAAAUUUCUGCCUCAAACAGAUAGCAACAGAUCAUGAACAGCAAUUUGGAAAAGACGUAAAAGACUUUGUGCAUCAUGACUUUUACGUCGAUGAUGGUUUGAAGUCGGUCCCUACAGCUGAGAAGGCUACUGACCUGAUCGUGAGAACAAGAGAGUUAUGUGAGAAAGGUGGGAUACACUUACACAAAUUUAUCUCCAACUCUCGAAAGGUGAUUGAAGAUGUGCCUGAAGCAGAAAGAGCCAAGGAUCUAACAACCAAAGAAUUAUUCCACAAUGACUUACCAAUCCAGAAAGCGUUAGGAGUACAGUGGUGUGUGGAAUCAGACACAUUUCAGUUUCGGAUAACAUUUGACCCGAAGCCUUCGACCAGACGUGGAAUCUUAGCAACUGUGAUGUCGGUGUAUGACCCUCUAGGUCUACUAGCUCCAGUUAUUCUUCCCGGCAAAUUAAUUCUUCAAGAAUUAUGCAAAGGUGGUGCCGAAUGGGAUGAUCCCCUGAGUGCUGACCUCCAAGCAAGAUGGGAGAGAUGGAAGAACGACAUUGUAAAGGUGGAGAGUCUCUCAAUCAAUCGAUGUUUCAAGCCUAACAACUUUGGUGCGAUCCAGAGGGUGGAACUCCAUCAUUUCUCAGAUGCCAGCAGCAUAGGCUAUGGUCAAUGCACCUACUUGAGACUGAUAAAUGAGAAGGGUGAUGUACACUGUGCUCUAGUUAUUGGAAAGUCCAGAGUUGCUCCUGUAAAGACACCUACAAUUCCAAGACUCGAGCUAACUGCAGCCUUGCUCUCAGUCAAAGCAAGCCUGUUUCUUAAAACGGAACUGGGUCUCACAAUCGACAAAGAAGUCUUUUGGACGGACAGUAGAGUUGUGCUCGGUUACGUUAAGAAUGAGACAAGACGUUUCCACGUAUUCGUUGCUAAUAGGGUGAAACAAAUCAGAGAUGCUUCAUCACCAUCUCAGUGGAAUUAUGUGGAAACCAAAGAUAACCCAGCUGACCAGGCAUCUAGAGGGAUCAGAGUUGACCAACAAGAGAUGACGAAGUGGCUGAUUGGCCCAGGGUUCUUGUGGAAGGAUGACGUCGAAGAUGAGAAGAAUGAAGAUGAAAGCACAAUUCUUCCGAACGACCCUGAGGUGAAGCGCUCCCAUACUACGAUCAAGCAUGCAGAGAAAUUUGAUCUUGAGAGACUCAGACGAUUCUCUACCUGGCAUCAAGUCAAGAGGGCAGUAGCCAACUGUCUUCGUCUCAAGCUUUACCUCCAGAGAUGCCGCCAGGAAAAGCAAAAGGAUUCACAUAAAGCCAAGAUCGCCAUUCAACCUCUGUCCACCGAACUACUUGUCAAUGCUGAGACAGAGAUCAUACGACAUAUUCAGAAAGAUGCUUUCGAAGACGAGCUACGGACAUUGGGUGGCAUAGAAGGAGCUACUCGGAAGGGCAGACGUCUUGUCAAGUCUAAGAGCCGUCUACAUCAGUUGGAUCCCUUCAUAGACACUGAAGGAAUUCUUAGAGUUGGAGGUAGACUGACAAGGGUUGAGGGACCAUUCGAGCUUAAGCAUCCUGCCAUUCUCCCACAGUGUCAUAUUACAGAGCUCCUAGUUGCCCAUUGCCAUGCAGAAAUAGCUCACCAGGGAAGAGGUAUGACAAUCAACCACGUCCGAGCUAAGGGAUACUGGAUCCUUGGUUGCAGCCACUUUGUAUCCAAGUUUAUCUCCAGAUGUGUGACCUGCCGUAAACUCCGUCAACCAGUCCAAAGUCAGAAGAUGGCUGAUCUUCCCAAAGAUCGGCUUACACCUAGUCCUCCAUUUACUUACUGUGGUGUAGAUUGUUUUGGCCCGUGGACUAUUAAAGAAGGCAGAAAAGAGUUGAAAAGGUAUGGCCUCAUCUUUACUUGCAUGGCAUCAAGAGCAAUUCACAUAGAAACGCUAAAUUCAAUGACUACUGAUGCCUUCAUAAAUGGAUUACGACGUUUCGUUUCUAUACGUGGUCCUAUCAGGCAGUUGAGAUCAGACAGAGGGACAAACUUUACUGGUGCAGCGACUGAACUCUCAAAAGCAUGGAAGGAAAUGGACCAAACGAAAGUGGCAUCUAUCCUGCUUACAGAGGGCUGUGACUACUUUGAUUUCAAGUUCAAUUUCCCAGCCUCGAGUCAUAUGGGAGGGGCAUGGGAAAGACAGAUUCGUUCAGUACGCACCAUACUCGAUGCACUACUGCAUCGAAAUGGUCACCAACUUGAUGACGACUCGCUUCGUACCUUGCUCUGUGAGGCAGCUGCUAUCGUCAACAGUCGUCCUUUGGCUGUGGAAUUCCUCAAUGAGCCCAACCACCCAGAACCACUAACUCCAAACCAUCUACUGACCCAAAAGACAAAGGUUAUUCUGCCACCACCUGGGAGGUUUCUUCGUGAAGAUGUUUACCUGAAGAAGCGCUGGAGGAGGGUUCAGCACCUUUGUAAUGAGUUUUGGAUCCGAUGGAAAAAAGAGUUCUUGAACCAACUGCAAUCACGAAAGAAGUGGACUCAUACUCGUCGUAAUAUGAAAGUUGGUGAUGUCGUAAUCAUCAAAGAUGAUCAGUUACCUCGAAACUUAUGGCCACUUGGGAGAAUCGUCGAAAGUUAUGAAUCUGAAGACAAUCGCGUUCGCAAAGUGAAGGUAGCAGUAGGCGAUCGAAAACUAGCAGCAUCAGGAAAGCGAACUACUUCAGUGAAUUACUUAUAUCGCCCUAUUCACAAACUAGUACUGUUACUUUCAUAUGAAGACCAGGUAGAUUCCUAGCCAAGGAGCCUUGAACGCUUGAAUUAGAAAAUCGCUGAAUUGGGUCUGAACUAUAGACUAAUAUUUGAAUGGACCAGACUGAACAGUAUUAAUUUGAUAUGUGUCUGAAACCCAGACUAUAUGUUUUAUCUAUUCCACUUACAGGGUCUGAAUUUGAAGACUAAGGAUACAAUUUGAAACAGCAAAAGGUCUGAAUUUAAAGACUAUAUAUGUUUAUUUCACUCAAGAGUCUAAAAUCAAGACUGGUAUUUCCAAAGUACAGGAAUGUAUAUUGUUGUUUUCUUUUGUAAUUUUUCAAAGAAAUCAAGGUAUAGAAGAAAAUAUUGUAAAAUAAAGUAUCUAUAUUGGUAUGUUACAUAUAUAUUACAAUUUGUUAUUAACAGGGCAAAUAUUUUCACCAUUUAUGCCAUUCAAGUACAUGUAUCUAUGACCUGAAAAACUGUACGUAACUUGAGUUUGAAAGACAGAAUUCAUAUAAACAGUUCAUUUUAUAAAUUUUUAUCAGACUUUUAUCUGAUUCCCAUUGUCGAGAAAUAUGGUAUCGAACAAUGAAUUUAUGCAAAUGAAGCAGAGUAUUUGAGUCAAAAUUUGUUUUAUUUUAAAUUCAAAGGUCUUAUCAAAUUUGAUUAAAUUAAUCAUAGGCCUAGUUGAUGCAUUUUUUGAUACGUGGAAAAAUGAUAAAAACAAAUGUCGUUUUUUAUUAAGGUUGAUUUAUCUACAUUAAGUAUUUUCUGAUAUGUGGAGAAAAGUUUAAGUAUCUAUGGGCUACAGCCAUGUGUAAGUAAACACAAUUGUGAAUGGAUGUUUUUCAAUUAACAGUAAAAUGGAGAGUUCGUUGUUAGUCAAUUCGGUAAAUUUGUAUUUUCUUUGUAUGCAUUUGUCCAGCAAACAUUAUGGUACUUUUGCAGAUUGAUGUCACGUCCAGAAAUGUUAUGCGUUGAAUACGUUAAACGGAAAGUAGCAUAAAUCUAUUCAUUUUUCAAGCCCAUAGUUGUUGGGUAAAUUUGUGAAAUUUAAAGGAGCCAUGUUGUGAAAGUUGAUUGAAAAAUAUAUGAUUUCUCAUUUGAUAUUGAUGUGAAAUAUUGCAGAAACAUUAUUUAAUAUAUUUCAUAUUUCCAUGAUGAUAUAACAUUUAUCACUGGUUAUGUUUUAUAAAAACAUUUGGUCAUGUAUAUAGCACAGUGCAUAUAUGUCAUUAUCAAUAUUGCUUGUGCUAGGCAUUUAUUGACAUAGCGCCAGCUAGUGUUCUCUCUAGGACAGUGUUUUCCAUUGCACCAAUCACUGUAUGUAAACAUGGAAGAACUGACAGGUUUGAGGUGACACAAUCAUCCAUGUUCCAGUGAAUUCUGGAAACCUGGUUAUUGAUUUGAUACAAUAAGGAGGCAAAGAGGUUAGUGUCUCAUAGGAAGUCUUUAUUUUAUGAAAUUAUAAAUGUUAAAGAUGAAAAUAAGUUGAAUUAUUUUAGGUUCUAAAUCCAGCUACUGUGCAUGUAGAUUACAUAACAAUUAUACAUUCACAUGUGUGUUAUAAGAUUGUGUAAGCAAGAAAUAAGAUCAAGUCUAUAGCUUAUACAUUGGAUCCUCACAUUUGAAGAUGACAUAGUGAUGAAUAGGAGAUUCAUGUAUGUUCACUGAAUUUGAUAUUAGUUUACUGAAAAUAAGAUAAUUCAGGAUUUGUUUUGUGGAAUUAAUGACCAGAAAGGUUACACUAUAUGUAGGUCAGCAGAAAGUCAAGAUAUGGUAGCUUCAUAUUUAAAACACAAAGAUACACCUGAAGUUAUUGAUAGUAUAGUGGUAACUCUAAUUGUUGUGUAAAUCAAUGUGUCAAUAUACACAUUUUAUUAUCAGAUUAUAAGCACAUUUCACAAUAAUUGUUUAGUUUGUUGCUUGAAGAAAGAGUGAAUUAUCAGAUGAUCACACAUAAGUGUAUACAAUGUAUUUAUGAUGCCUUUUUGUAUGUUUCAUUGAUACAGUUUUCACGGAGCUUUUGGAGCUAUAUCAGAGUUUGAAGAUGAUUAAUCGAAAUGAGAUGAGUCAAGAAUAAAGUCUCGAAGCUCCCGUAGAA